CCUUAGCUUGGAAGGGGCCACCUGGGCCUAGCCCAGAGCGACACUGUCCCUACCCCCAACCCCUCUCAGUGGAGGCCCCACCUGUCCCUGAGAACUGGAAAGAUGGAAAGCUAAACUCUCACCACCCAGAGCCAGCAGAUUCCAGCAAGUCCCCCACCCAAGGGAGGACCCCAGCCACUUGCCUCAGCCCUCCUCAGUCUGGUCCAGUCCCCUCCACCCUUGCCAUGGCCAACUACUAUGAAGUGUUAGGUGUGCAGUCCAGUGCUUCCCCUGAGGACAUCAAGAAGGCGUAUCGAAAGCUGGCUUUGCGUUGGCACCCAGACAAGAACCCUGACAACAAGGAGGAGGCUGAGAAGAAAUUCAAGCAAGUGUCUGAGGCCUAUGAGGUCUUGUCGGACUCUAAGAAACGCUCUAUGUAUGACCGGGCAGGCUGUGACAGCUGGAGGGCUGGUGGCGGUGGCAAUGUCCCCCAUGGCAGUCCCUUCGGUGCUGGCUAUUCCUUCCGCAAUCCUGAGGAUAUCUUCCGUGAGUUCUUUGGGGGACUGGACCCUUUCUCCUUUGAUUUCUGGGACACCCCAUUCAGCGACCGUGGCCGGACCCAUGGUUUACGUGGGGCCUUCUCUUCGGGUUUCGGUGAGUUCCCAGCGUUCAUGGAAGCCUUUUCAUCCUUUGACACCCUGGGCCGUGGCGGGGUCAGCCGCACCACCUUCUCAUCCACUUCCAUCGGUGGCUCCAGCUCAAGCAACUCAGGGUUUAAGUCAGUGAUGUCAUCCACGGAGAUGGUGAAUGGUCGCAAGGUGACCACCAAGCGGAUUGUUGAGAACGGCCAGGAGCGUGUGGAGGUGGAAGAGGAUGGACAGCUCCGGUCAGUAACCAUCAAUGGCAAGGAGAAGGUCAUGCGGGUGGACAGCAAGUGAGAGCCACCCAGCCCAGCCCUGGGCCAGUCACCAUCACAAGGGGCCACAGUAGUCGCAAGCUAAUGGUUAAUAAAUGUGCCAAGUGAGUU